CUCCAAGUCGACCUUCAACCACACAACUUCCACACCGAGGAAUACUGUUCAUAUCUGGAGGUCGACGAAAUACUCAACACUUAAUACUCAGCCAUCAUGGCUUCGCGACGGAAAGCAGAGAACAAUGAAAUGGAUAGAUCCUCCGAAGCAACAGUCACUUCAUCCCCACAAAGACCUCCAAGAAGAUCCGCGAGCACAAGAGAAAAGCGCAACCCGACUAUUACUCCUCGAAAGUUCACAAGAUUCUUUACGCCUCGCUCGCAGCCUCUCCACCAGCGUCAACCAACCCGUCGUGUCUUAUUCAAUGUCCGCUCCUUUGGCGCUUCCUCAGCAUUAAACGUCCAGUCCAGCCCAUUACAAUCGAAAGGCUUCGAUGAAGAAAAUAACCCCCCUGACCUUCCAAGACAGUCGAAACGGCAGAAAAGAUUCCACACAUUGGCUUCAAGUACUCAACCUUCGGUUAUGAGUACAAAGAACCUCGGUCUCGAUAGAAUACAACAAUCUCAAUCGAAGGGUGAAUCGAAGGACGAUGUUGUUCCGUCGUCACCAUGCCCGCAGGGAAGUCACCUUGCCUUUGAGCAUGAUGGAACCCUGGACGAGGACGAGGAUGAGGACAGAGAUCAAGUAGUUUGUCCUGGCAGAAUCAGCUCAAAGGAUACUGCAACGCCGGUUCUGCGUUGGAAUCGCAAUGGCGGUCUUUCCGCACAACUAUUCGAGAUGGAGCUGGGCAAUGCAGGACGUUCCGGACGCGUGCACCACAGCUAUCCGGUCAAUGACUGGCGUGAUUCUACAGCGAAUUUCUGCAGCAAACCGGAAGAUGUUCACGAUAUCAUGAGCUUGGGCGAAGAGCCGAGACGUACUAUUCCUUUUGUUGCUCUCGGCUUAAAUAACAGCUCUCUCCUCGCGGUUGGAGAUGAAGAAGGUCGAGUUCGACUCUUGGAGUCUGCUAAAGGUGGAAAGCCAAGUUUUCAAAAGAAUUUCCUUGGUUUUCGUGUCCAUACCAAUGCUAUCAUUGAUAUGACCUUUUCUGACGAUGACAGCCUUCUUGCAACAGCGUCUGGGGACCAAAGUGCUCGUGUGGUGGAUAUGGGCACUCAAACGACGAUUGCGAUACUUGGCAUUCACACUGCAUCCUUGAAGCAAGUUCGAUUUCAGCCCGGUGCAAACAACAAGAAUGUCCUGGCCACUUCCGGCAGAGAUGGUUCUAUACAAAUAUGGGAUCUGAGAUGCAAAGGGCACAGUGGUCCACAAUGUAAAAUGUGGACACCAGUCAUCGAAAGGCGGACUGGCGCACGAUCUCGCGCAGUCGAUCAAGAUAUCUUGUAUCCUCGUCCUCUCAACAGUAUUACGGACUCACAUAGGCCCCUUCCUGGUCGAUCUCAACCCUCUACUGCUGGAUGGACUGAUCUAGCUAGUCGUGGGGAAGCUGCAAGCCGCUCGGAAUCUCUAAGUCGAUCGGCAGAUGUAUCUGUCACUGCUUUACAAUUCCUGCAUGAGGGUCUUCACCAUUUACUGCUCUCUGCAUGCGAAGCUGACGCCUCGGUCAAGUUGUGGGAUAUUCGUACUGUGUCAAGCAAACAGCGCACUUUACCCAUCUCGGGCACUGCUCUCCCGCCAUGGCACGUGAACUACCGAGAUUUCGGAAUUACAGCUCUCAAUCUCAGCUCCAAUGGAUCGAGAAUCUACGCAGUAUGCAAAGACAACAUUGUGUACACUUAUCGCACAAGUCAUCUCAUGCUCGGCCAUGCUCCAGAGCUGGAGAUUCAAAGCAACACUCGACCAAGUCAGGCUAAACUUACACAGGAGGGUCUCGGUCCCAUAUACGGCCUCCGCAACCCAAAGUUCCAUGCAAACACAUUCUACGUCAAGUCCGCACUUCGCACUACGAACAAUGGGCACAGUGAGCUGUUAGCAGUGGGCAGUAGCGAUGACUGUGCAGUCCUCUUUCCGACUGAUGAGCGGUACUUGCCUAGCCCGCAUUCUGCCCGAGGCGCGAUUCCAGUGAAGCAAGAGGAGUUUGACUGUCGUGCAAUGCCCACUUGCCCAAUUUACACGAUUGGCUCUUCUCUCACCAGAGGUCAUGAUCGUGAAGUUGGGUGUGUGACCUGGACACAUGACGGCGAGCUUGUAACUGUCGGGGAUGACCUUAUUGUCAGAUGUUGGAGAGAGGAUCGUGACUCUGCGAAGGAUCUGAGGACUGGUGGUGAAAGCGAGGGUCGACGAUGGAACUGCGGAUGGGCAACUGUUGAAGCGGACUAUGACGACGACGAUGAGUGUUGAAAAGCGAUAUCUUGAUUGUUGGAUUAUGAUCGAGGCAUGUAAUGUUUGGAGUAUAAUGAUUUUCAGCGAGCGAGCGAGCAUUGAGAAACCUGCAUUAUUGGCGUUCUACUCAGCGAGCAGGAGUUCAUACGGUUGCGGAUACCAUUAUUGCGAAGAUUCGGAACGAAUCACCUACGUGCACCCGGAAGCAUGUGGUGGAACUUUUGGUGAUGCGUGUUGAGUCGCCAAGAGAGCAAGGCAGGCUCAUCGUGUUAGUCUCUCGGCAUACAUACAUAGGUAGGUGAGGGAAGUAUGAAGUAUAUGGACUCGAGGGACAUUUCUCACGUGUAGGUAUAAGAAAUUAAAAUCCAC